GCGUGUUCGGUGGGAUGUGACAGCGCCCUCCUACGGUGUUUACGGUAACAGUCGGGUCAGAUGAUCCGAGCUGCAUUGUAAAUAGACAUGCCUUCGUAGCCGCUUUAAAUCAUCCCCAGCAAAGCAGAUUUCGGCACUCGGGCACUGCUUAUCUCCAGAUAACCCUUCUCUGUCGUUAUCGGGUCGUUUCGCUGUCUUAAAGUGUCAUUAAAGUAUGUACCGGUCUUUGUACGCCUUCCGAUCCUCGGAGCCCAACUCGCUGCACUUCGCGGCCGGAGAAAGCUUUUUAAUCCUGGAGAGGAGCAACAAACACUGGUGGCUGGGGUCCCACUGCAGCUCGGGGGAAACCGGCUACAUCCCCGCCUCGUAUAUCGAAAAAAUCCAGGCUCCAGAGCAGGAUGAGGUACUGCAGUCCAUCGACAGAGCGAUCGAAGGAAUCCACAAUGUGGCCUUAAAGAAUGGAGGCAAAUACAAUCUGGAGCAGCGGGAUGUUCUGCAAAAGCUCAUCCAUCACAGAAAGGAGACCCUCGCUCGGCGAAGUUCGUCCUCCGCCAGUCACAAACAGGGCCUCCCAUCUUCCAGCAGUGAGAUAUCGCUCAGUCAAACCCCUCCUCCACCCAAUGGCCUUAGCAGAGACUAUCAGCGACAGGGAAGCGUGCCGUUAUCAGGAAGCAUGGACAGUAUGCAAGGACAACAGGGUUUUUAUCAGGUGCCACCUCAGGCCCGGCGUGCUGCUCCGAUCACUCCGCCUCCCCCUGAAAAGCAGAGGAACCACCGGCGUCCAGCAGAGCCAGAGGUCCCCUCCAGAGUGUCCUCUCUUCCCUCGUCCCCUGCUCCCUCCCUCUCGAUCAGCACCACCUCCAUAGACACGGGCUCCUCCCUCUCUCCGAUCUCCUCUGAAGUCAGUCUGCCAAGUAUUUCCAGCACCCCUCCUCCUCCUGUGCCGUCCCGUGUCAAGCCCCCCGGGCCGCCUCCGGACCUGCUGCCCUCUGACUCGUCUCCUCAGCCGGCUCCUGCAAAGAAAAGCCCCGCACCGCAGCCCCCCCAGCCUACCCCACCCUCCCAGCGCAGCACCCCUCCACAGCCUGCUGCUCCUGCUUCUCCUGCUGCUCCUGCUGCUCCUGCUGCUGAGGAGGACCAGCGGGAGCCUGAGUGGCCCGUCGCCCCCCCGUCUGUUGCUGAAAACCCUCCUGGCAGCUCCUCGACCUCUGAGGUGGUUCCCAUGACCAUUGGAGCUGAACUGAUCGAGCUGGUGCGAAAGAACACGGGCUUGAGCUACGAGCUGUCGCGGGUCGCCGUCGGCGUGGUGGUCGCCCAUCUGCAGACCACUUUGCCGCAGGCCUCCCCCGCUUUGGAGCAAGUCCUCGUCUCGUUGGUGGAGAGCAAGGACCUGAGUGCGGCGCUGCCGCAGGGCCAGGUGUGUCACGAUGAACAGCGGCUGGAGGUGAUCUUCAGCGACCUCGCCCGUCACCGGGACGACUCCCAGCAGCGUAGCUGGGCGCUUCAUGAAGAUCACGCUCUCAUCGCCUGCUACCUCGAGGAGCUGCUGAAGAUACUGACCGAUGCAGAUCCAGAGGUGUGUAAGAGGAUGUGCAAGGCCAACGACUUUGAGAACGUGCUGUCCCUGGUUUCCUAUUAUCAGAUGGAGCACCGUGUGUCUUUGCGGCUGUUGCUGCUCAAAGUUUUUGGGGCGAUGUGCAGCCUGGAUGCUGCUCUCAUCUCCGCCCUUCUCAACUCCAUCCUCCCCAUGGAGCUGGCAAGAGAUCUUCAGACUGACACACAAGAACACCAGAAGAUGUGCUACACAGCUUUGCUGCUAACUAUGAUAUUCUCAAUGGGAGAGCAGGUUCCAUAUCAUCACUACGAACACUUGAAUGCCGAGUUUGUUCAGUUUCUGCUGGGUGUGGUGGAGGACGGGCAUCCCUCUGAUCCCACAGAGCAGCUGCCUGACAUCUUCCUGAACCUCGUGCUUUCCUUCAACCUGCACCACACAGCUCCCAGCAACAACGUGAUCAUGAACGAACUGAAGCAGAAAAACGUCAAGAUCCUCUCAGAGAAAGUGCUGCUGCUCCUGAACAGAGGCGACGACCCCGUGUGCAUGUUCAAACACACUCCGCCUGCACCGCACUCGGUGCUCAAGUUCCUGCAGGAUGUUUUCGCCAGCCGAGAGACUGCCGACAUCUUCUACCGCACCGACAUGAUGGUGAUGAUCGACAUCGCUGUUCGACAGAUAUCUGACCUUUCACCUGGUGACAAGCUGCGGAUGGAGUAUCUCUCCCUCAUGCACUCCAUAAUGCGCUCGACGGACUACCUCGAGCACCGGCACCGCCUGUCGGAUCUGCAGGGGACGCUGCAGAGGAUUCUCAGGGAGGAAGAAGAUCCCGGCGAGGAUGAAGGGAGCGCUACGGCGAAACAGAUGGAUAAGCUGAUCGUGCAGCAGAUCUACAAGGAGUUCCCACAGAUCUGCGAGAACCAGGACUAACCGGUGCCAGUAUCACAAACUGUAGUCUGCUCCCAGCUACUGCGGCGAGGUACGGUAAAGAUUAAAAGAGGAAGAGCGGACGUUUGAAGACGACUCGUACCCCGCGCCGGCCCGUGCUGAGAGAAGCCGGUGUUUACUCCAGUGCUGCAGCGUGCGUGGGAUGCUGAGUGUUAUUUGAAUAAUGAGUGUGUGAGAGUGUGUGAGUGUUUAAGAAGGAAGAAAUCUGACAAAUGCACAAAAGGUUUGUGCCAUAUUUGGUGAAUUAGUAAGUGGCCAAUCCUUGAAGCUCAUCUCAAAGCGAAUCCUUAGCAAUAAUGUCCUUGUGAAGCUUACGUGGACUAACUGCAUGCACCUAAAAGUAUUGUUGAAAUUAACUGACUAAUAACCACAGGUAAACUCUAUUCUAACCAAACUGACUGCAGUUUACAGAUUUAUAGCAGGAAGGCAAAUCAGUGCUUACGUUAGAUGAUUUGAGGCCACAGCUUCAGCGUGGAGAGAAAGCUUUGAACCUUUACGUGCUUCCCUUUUAGUGGGACCAAACUACUGUGUGUUACUGACAGCGAUAUUUUCUCCACAGGUCACCGCACUCUUAAAACUGACUUCCUCUUUUAUUCAUAUCCUCCAUCCUAAUUUAAGACGAGUAGAACAACUUGAGCAAGUUUACUUCUCUGGCGAGAAAAGCACAGUCUGACUCGCGCGUUGCCGAUACUAAGCUUUUUGCUGAUUAAGCUGCCGCUGCUUAUUAUCGAGUCUCUUCUCGCUCUGGUACUUUCCUCACAGCUUUUCGCUCUGUACCUGCAAAAGCGAAGCUCCUCAAGCAUCACGCCUCAUCGACCGUUUACAGCUUCUGUGCUGCAGUAAAGCAAAAUUCUGACAACUGGCUUGUGAGCUGUGGCAGGAGUGUUAUUACAUUAUCAGUGUUGUUGAUUUCCAGCUUCUCAUGUUCAUACUUAAAGUCAAGAAGAAGAACUGUAAUGCAGGACAUUUAUUUGAUCUCACUGUGGUUUAAAUACUUUCAUACCUUCCCCCUGAUUGUUUUUUUUUCCCCCUCCUCUCAACACUGUAGUGAUGAUGUUGUUCAUUAUUAUCUGAUUUUUAAUCUCUGGCAUUGCUUCUCCUGACACGAUCCAGAGGUGAUAUCAGACGUUUAGUGUGAGUGUUUCAUUCUCUGGUUGACUGUGUGUGUCUCUUUACGGUGUAUGUGCGUUCCUUUGUGCGCGUGCGAGUGGUGAACGUCUCCAUGAUUCACUUUGUCUGCAAAUGUGCUGCGGCUGUGUUAUAAUGAAACUAAUAAAGCUCUAUUUUAACAGUGAA